AUGAAUAUUUUAAGUUUAUAUCAAUCAAGAGAAAUUCUCUUUUAUAAAACAGCUUUACCAUUUUUAAAUUAAACAGAUCUAAAUGAAUAUUAUAGUAUUGCAUAAUAAGGAUUAAAAGGAUUGGAAAAUUAUAUAGAUAAAUAAUGGAUAAUUUAAACUAAUAAUUAUUUCUUUGAUUCAGAUUUUUUUAAUCUUUUGAAUAGGUUUAGUGAUGGAAAUUUAUGUGAAGAGUUAUAUGUAAUUAUAAUUUUAAUUUAAAUUAGUUAAUAGAUUAAUCUAUGAAUAUUUGUAAUAAUACUCUUGGUGGUGUUUUAUAAAAAGGUAUAUCAUCUGCUUUGGUUGAUAUUAAGAAUUAGAUAAAGACUGAAUUUGAAUUAACUAAUUUUACAAAUAGAACAAAUUUCCCAAUUUUAGAAUUAGAAGGAAUUUCUAUUUUGAGUUAUGGUUUAUAAUACUUAAUUGAAAAAUUUAAUGAAGAUUUAUCUUCUUAUAAUACUUAAGUAGAAACCAAUUAUAAUGUAAGAUAUAUAAUAAUAUAUAAUUUAGAUUACUAUGAUAAUUUGUUUAUGUAUUUCAUUAUUAAAUGGAUUAUUGUUAUUAAAAUUUGAUUAGAUAAUUUAAUUGAGAAAUUAUAUAUUAUUGACUAAAUUUAUUUUUUCUGUUCCUUUGGCAUCAAUUUUAUUUGAUGACAACUUUUUAAGGAACACAAGAAGUUAUUUUGUGAAUGAAAGAUUGAUAUGA